UUGCGUAGGCAGGAUAGAGUCAGACUUCUUGGCCGCUUAUGGCAUAUCUCGCCACCCAACAUCUUCAUUUGUAGUAGAGCAGAGUGUUUGGGCGAGGAGAAGCUCGACCCUUCCCAACCAAAAAGCAGCGCGCGCGCACCAGUUCGUUCGAGCCACGAGAAUGGCGCAACAAGGAGGCACUCGUCGGGACCCAUCAGGAGAAGCAGCCGCCAAAGUACUUGAUCCUGCGACCGAGGCAUUACGACAAGACGAGAGAGAGAAGCUCGACGACGAGGGCUGGGAGGUCGUGGCCAAACCGGGAGACGAGCAACAGUCUCAUGGGACAGGGUUCUCGAGCAGUUUCGACCUGCAGCUAGGCUGGGGAAGCUGGAGGACUUCCGUCCUCAGCUGGGAUGUGAACGUCAGGAGGGAGCAUACCCAUCUUCCCAGCGACUCACAGGCAUCGGCCAACACUGCACACGAACCCAAGACAGAAGGCAAGGGGGCGCAAAGCAACAGUGAUGGUCGAUAAUCAAUGAGCUUAGUUGAUACCGGGGGAUAAGGUUCGUCUUCGCACUUUCGGUGCCCGCCAUCAGGUGGUGCAGCAGAGCAAUGAGUCCUCCGAAUCCACUCAUGUGUCCGGCAGAGACUGAGAAGCAUGGGAGGGUAUUUGCUAGAGAAGUGUCCUCGUGUUUCUAGCUGGUACUGGCAACUGGUCUACCAAGGGCUGCUUGCAUUUAGGAUUCU